AUGGUCUGCCUUAAGCAACUCUCUCUUACCGCCGUCGUGGCCCUCAGCCUUUCUGAGACAGGGCUUGCAGCGCCUGUUUAUGCCCCCAUCCACGAGCGUGCCCUCGAGGAUCGAGCGAUCAAGAACGUCAUGGCUGGUGUCCGCAAGCAUGGCGGCAAUGCUGUAGACGACACCCUGGCGGGACUGAAAAUGAUCGCGCAACUCAAGAGUGCCUUGGCACCCCAGCCUCAGCAGCGCGGUCUCUAUGAUCUUGACGAGCGUAGCCUCGAGUACCUUGAAGACCGCGCCCUUAAGAGCCAGGCAUUCAAGAAAGCUAUAUCCGCUCUCGGCAAGCAUGGCCCGGCGGCUCUGGGUCGCGUCAUUGAGGGAGCGACUGUGGCCGCGGAAGUCAAGAAUGCCUUUUUCUCUCAGCCACAACAGCCGCAGAGAAGAAGCCUCGAGUACCUUGAAGACCGCGCCCUCAAGAGCCAGGCGUUCAAGAAAGUCAUAUCCAGUGUCGGCAAGCAUGGCCCGGCGGCUCUGGAUACCGUCUUUGCGGGAGUGACUGCCGCCGCGGAAGUCAAGAAUGCCUUUUUCUCUCAGCCACAACAGCCGCAGCGAAGAAGCCUCGAGGAGCUUGAACAGCGCGCCUUUGAGGAUUACAUUAGAGAACUUUACUUUUAG